AUGUAUUGCGUACAUCGAUUUACAUCAAGGGUAUCCAUCGUCCCCAAUUUUGCUUCAUGUCGUUACAUGAGUCGCAUAAAGGUGGAAAAUCCGGUCGUUGAAUUAGAUGGUGAUGAGAUGACUCGAAUCAUUUGGGCCAAAAUUAAGGAACAGCUCCUGCAUCCUUACCUGAGUCUCAAUUGCAAGUAUUUUGACUUGGGUUUGGAAAAUCGCGACAAAACUAACGAUCAGGUCACCAUUGAUUCUGCUCAUGCUAUUCAGAAAUAUAAUGUGGGCAUAAAAUGCGCAACAAUAACACCGGAUGAGGCCCGAGUUGAGGAAUUCAAGCUGAAGAAGAUGUGGAAGUCUCCAAAUGGAACUAUUCGUAACAUUAUUGGAGGGACGAUAUUUCGAGAGCCGAUCAUCUGCUCCAAUAUACCUCGUCUUGUACCCAGCUGGAAGAAUGCAAUUGUUGUUGGUCGUCAUGCCUCCGGCGACCAAUAUCAAGCCACAGAUCUGGUCAUUCCUGAGGAAGGAAAGCUGGAAUUGAGGUUUACGCCAAAGAGUGGGAAACCCAUCAAUCUUGAGGUGUUUGAUUUCCAAAAUGGCGGCGGCGUUGGAUUGGCGAUGUACAAUACGGACGAGAGUAUUCGAGGAUUUGCCAACAGCUGCUUCAACUAUGCACUAGCAAAGAAGUGGCCCCUUUACCUGAGCACAAAAAAUACAAUUCUGAAGAGUUACGAUGGUCGAUUUAAGGACAUUUUUGCGGAGAUAUACGAAUCGACGUAUCGCAGGGACUUUGAGGCAAACGGAAUCUGGUACGAGCACCGACUCAUUGACGAUAUGGUAGCACAAGCGCUCAAAUCCUCCGGAGGAUUCGUCUGGGCAUGCAAAAACUACGACGGUGAUGUUCAAAGUGAUGUGGUUGCUCAAGGCUAUGGGUCAUUGGGUUUGAUGACCUCAGUGCUGCUGUGUCCCGACGGGCGGACGAUGGAGGCGGAAGCCGCUCAUGGGACGGUGACGCGGCACUAUCGAGAGCACCAGAAGGGCCGCCCCACUAGCACCAAUCCCGUCGCCAGCAUCUUCGCCUGGACCCGUGGUCUCGCCCACCGCGCCAAGCUUGACGACAAUGCGGAUCUCAGCGCGUUUUGCGGUCGUCUCGAGCGCGCCUGCGUAGAAACAAUCGAGUCGGGGAAAAUGACCAAGGAUCUGGCCCUCUGUGUCUACGGCUCGGCCAAGCCGGACCAGUACCUCAACACUACGGACUUCCUUGAUGCCAUCGCUGAAAAUCUACAGCGAGGCCUCUCCCGCUGA